AUGGAAGGCACCAAGGCGGCCACAGCUACAUGCCUGUAUAAUUCAAUAAACUAUCAAGAAAAGUGGAUAGUUGUUUAUGUGGGUGACACAUAGAUAUUCAGUCGAAGCGUUCAAGAGCACCUAGGCAACGCCUACGACGUCGGCAACCGAUGUUGUGAGACAAGCAGUGGUGUGUCAAUGCUCGCAAAUAUUUUUGGUUUUGAUAAAAAUAGGGCCUUCCUGAAUUCCUUGCUUUACAUGCAACCAUUGAUAUUCUUAACUGAGACUUGGGAGCUUUGAAGACUGCCUAAGAGAAUAAUUACGGAUAUCAACAGCAACUUCGUGGUAGAAAAAGCUAAAUACUGCAUUCUCCUGCAUUGUUCGCUGACAUCUGCUCACACGUAUCCCUUUGCUUGGUCCGAGUUUCUUCCUUGUGCUGAGUGGGUUUGCUUGACAACCGCAUUGCUAGCUGUUUGCUCUACUAAAUCCCAAGUGCACACCGAUGAGCCCAUCCCCGAUGCGAACCUGGACUUUGUGAUCCAAAACGAGCAGCCCCCCUCUGCAGCCCAGGGACUCAGAUUACAGCUGACUAGUGCGCGCAAACGUAGUCGCAAACAUCAAGAGAGACAAGCACGGAGGUAUGAGAAGCAACAGUGGGCAGUUAGUUUUGAUGCAGGAGACUUGGACCUGUUGGAUGGCCAGGAUCCGCAUGGUGCACGACAGGGUGACCAGACCAAGUGGUUUGCGGCCAUGUGA